AUGUGUGACAGGAGGAUGUCGUCACAGGCUCUGCUAGGGAAAGAACACGGCGUGGUGAAAAAAAAAGUGGUGCUAGCUAUGAGACUAGUGGUACUAGCUGGUGCUAGGUCUAAACUACCUCGGACCAACUUUUCACGAGAAUUAAAUAAUGUCGGGGGGCUAGCGUUAACUUGGCCCCCCCCGAAAAUGGAAAGUUUGUCAUACGUGUAUUGUUUUUUACUCGUAUUGUCUAGUUGCAAAUUAGAGUUGGGAAAAUAUGCAAAACGCAUACUAAAUGCGUGGUUUUCGAAUUUGUGGGAAAUGUUCUUUGCCAUCACAAUGGAAAGAACAUUAUUUGAAGUUGGUGACUGCGUUUUACAGAACGUUUUAGACAGUUUUAACACGAGUGAGAAAUCUUUGCAACAAGAUGUAAUUACACUGACUAAAUGGAUGCAGACGCAGCCACAUUUUCCAGAAAUAAUGGAACCCAAGACGUUACAAAAUUUUCUAAUCCAAAACAAGUUUAGCAUCGAAAGAUGCAAACAAAAAAUCGAUAUGUACUAUACCAUUAAAUCCAAACUGCCGGAAAUUUAUGGUACCAUCAACCCCAAUUCACCGGGAAUGCACAGAGCUCGAUCUAUUUUGUAUUCUGUUCUACACCCCAGGCUGACCAAAGAAAUGUGUCGAGUUUUGUUCAUGAAAGUACGAAACAAGGAUCGAGUGAACGAGUUACUAAUAGGCGACAUUAGUCGGAACUUCAUAAAUCUACAAGAACUAAGAAUGAGAGAAGACGUCGUAUUUGGUGAUGUUAUGGUUUUGGACUGUCAGGGGCUUGCGCCCUUACUUUUUAAAGUUACACCAAUGUCGAUGUAUAAGUCUACGGUUCUAAUUUAUGAGAGAGUAUAUUCUUUAAGGCUGAAAAAAGUUUAUCUUCUCAAUUUACCUGCAGUUGGGGAAAAAAUUCUUUCCAUAGUGAAGAAAAUUAUGUUGCCCAAGCUUUUCGAAAGGAUUGAAAUUUGUACGGCUGAAACUUUAAAGGAAUCAUUUCCUAUUGAUAUGCUACCAAAGGACUAUGGGGGUGAAGGCUAUUCUCUCGAGGAGUUAAAAGAUAUGUGGGAUGCCAAAUUUUUGGAAAAAAAGGAUUUUUAUGACAGGCUUGACCAAACUCGAAUUCACGAAAACCUUAGGCCUGGAAAGUUAAAAGACGAUGAUAUUUUGGGAGUUUAUGGGAAUUUUAAAAAAGUCGACCUUGAUUAGUACGGAUAAUUAAGACAGCAAAAUAGCUACAAGUGAAACCAACAAAGAAGAUGUAUACUUCUAAAUUUUGGAUUUAAAUUAUUA